UCGCUUAACUAUUUGUCAGUCAGUAAACGAAAUUAACCCAGAAGAGGAAAAAACUCACGUUUUUUUUGCCUUCUGUAUUUUAUUUUCAUUUUCGAAUCGAAUCGAAUUGAAUUGAAACGAACGCGACUUCAAUUUCUUAUUGACAAAUCCAGUAGAAUGAAAGGCUCUUCAAUUAUUCGCAAUGCUGCGAUUCAGCUUUCGAUUUUUGCCAUCAUUGCUCUUGUCCCGCAAACAAAAGCUCUAACCGCUGAGCAAACUUGUCCGCUUGUCAAAAACAACACCUACAUCGGUGAUCCCAACGACUGUCAAGGCUGGGUAUUUUGCACAAAUGGCAAAGCCAUCUACGGCAAAUGCAAUGACAACUUGUUCUUCGAUUCAGCAAAUGGCGUUUGUGAUUAUCCCGAGAAUGUUGCCUGCAAUCUGAACGUCGAAACCAUGUGUGCUGGACUAACUGACAUUUAUAAAUCCGAUCCCAAUGACUGUUCCAAGUACUGCUAUUGCAAGGAUGGUGAGACGAAAUGCAAUAAAUGCCCGAGUGGACAGUUUUUUGAUCCCAAUACUAUCAGUUGCGUUUGGGCCACUAGUUCGUCGUGCGUUGCCAACUCACCGUGUCUUCUAGCACCAAAUGGCUUCAUUGGUGAUGGAAAAACCUGUACUGGCUAUCUGCGUUGUGGAAGUUCACGUGUUCUUUCGUCGGGAAAUUGCGAAGAAGAUCGUUAUUACAAUCCACUCAAUGGCAUGUGUGAUUAUCCUGAAAAUGUUAAAUGCCCAGGUUCACCGAGCAAGCCACCAGUUUCCAGUGAGCAUAUUCCUCCAAAAGAUCUCUGCAAAAAGGAUGGCCAGUUCUAUUCGGAUGGAGAAACUUGUCGAGGAUACUUUUACUGUAAGAACAAAGGAGAUACCGCCAAAUGGGGACAGUGUCCGAAGAACAGUCAAUUCAAUGAGGCAACCCAACAAUGUAAUGAUCCAGAGAAAGUUUUGUGCACAAAAGAUCGUUGUGAUGGAACAUCGAAGUCAUUCAUGGCUGUGGCAAAUACUAAUUGUAAGCAAUAUUUCAAUUGCAAUAAGGGUGUGGAAAAUGGACAGGGUACUUGCCCAAAGGAUCAUCCUUAUUACAAUGAAAAGGCUGGAGUUUGUCAAACUGACAAAUUGGAUUAUCCAAUUUGUUCAUAAAUUAGAAAAAUCUUUUAUAAAUAAAAUGUUUUUGCUUUGAUAACAAACGAAAUUUUUAAUUCAAUACUUUUGUACCUACUAAAGACUUCAAUUAAAAUUCUAAUCAAGGCUAUUACUAGACACGAGGCUUCAAA